CUUAUUUUGCCGUUUGUGAAAGAACAUGACAACGUAUGGCACUAUACCAUCCCAAGCAAAUGCCUCCUCGAACCAGAACAUGUUGGGACGAGCAAAAGGGUUGAUCUCGUUAGGCCUUAGCUCUCGGAGACCAUGGCUUGAACUUGUCCAGUGGAGCUCCCUUAGCCUUCCUACCUCAUUCACUGUUGCCACAGAACGAAUCAAAACCAACAUCAUGAUCUUCCGAACCAAUUAUCUUGUCAUCUUCUUUGUUGCUAUCUUCAUCAGCAUGCUUUGGCAGCCUGUCCACCUCUCAGUCUUCGUUGUCUUGAUCAUCGCAUGGCUAUAUGUCUACUCUCGGGAUAACGAACCACUGGUGAUAUUUGGCAGUGUGAUCGAUGACUCUGCUUUGGUGCUGACUUUGUUGGUCCUCACGCUCUGUAUUAUUCUAUUAACCAACGUAACCGGUGGUAUUCUGCUCGGGGUUUUGGCUGGUUUGCCCGUUGUUCUAGUUCAUGGCAUCUGUAGGAAUACAGAGUCAUUGUUCGUCUUGGAAGAUGAUGAAGAGAAAGUAGCCACAAUGAGCGUAGCAUCCUCCUCGCUUUCUUCUUCCUCUUUAACAAAAUGAAACAUUAUGUUUAUGUAAUGAUACAAGUUUCAGACCUUAGUGACACCAUAUUUAGCUAGUCUCUAGGUACUACCAUAUUUUCUAAAAAUUUGCUUGUGGGCGUAAUAAAUAUUCUCUUCUUCUCUGAAUGCAAAUAGUAUGAUAGAUAAAACUUUGGAGAUCUUUGCAAUUCCAGUAUAGAAUACUUGUUUUAAUAAAUCCAGAUAAAAGUAGUUUCAUGUAUUUUAUGUAUAUAGUCAAAUUGUAUACAUCAAUCUUUUACUCUUUUUCUUUGAAAUUGCACACUUACUGGUACCAUUAAAAUCACUGCAGUGGCAGUACCAUUAAUUAAAAGGUAUGACUAUUUAUUAUAUGAAC